AUGAGGGCGGGGAGGGGGAGGGAGGUGGCCCCCCGCUUGCCAUGGCAAGAGGGGAAAAAGAACAGGGAUGGCUCAGGGAACAAGGAUGGCGAAGCUCAGAACAACUCUAACUGUGAGAUCUUUGUCACAAGGCCAAAUGUUAACAAUAGUAAUGUUUCUGUUGUUCCAAUAGUUGGGAUGGGUGGCAUUGGCAAAACAACUUUGGCUCAGUUUGUCUUCAACAAUAGAGAAAUAGAAAACUAUUUCGACAAGAAAGCGUGGAUAUGUGUAUCAAAUCACUUUGAUAGAUGCAGAAUCACCAAAGAAAUGGUAGAUUCAUUUUGCAUUGGUAAUACUAGCAACUCAAGUGUUCAAUGUAGCAACACCACCAGCUUGGAUCUUCUUGAGAGACAACUCCAAAGGCAUUUGACAGGGAAGAAAUUCUUAUUGGUGCUGGAUGAUAUCUGGUCUAAUGAAUGGCAAUGGCUCCUUGCCCCUCUCCAAUCUUCACAAGCACAGACUAUUAAAAUCAUUGUGACUUGUAGAGAUCCUACGGUAUUAAGAAGCAUAGACCAAGGAUAUAAAAUUAAUUUGGAAGGUAUAGAGCAUCAAGAGUACAUGUCACUUUUUUUGAAUUGUGCUUUUGCCAAAAACAAUCAUGACAAUUAUUCACAGAAACUACAUGACAUAGGAAAGCGCAUAGUGGAAAAGCUGAUGGGAUCACCAUUAGCAGUGAAGACAGUGGGAAAGCUUCUAGGGCUUGAUUUAACUGAGAAGCAUUGGAAUGAUGUAUUGGAAAAUGAUUUGUGGAAAUUAAAAACUGAUGCACAUGAUAUUAUGCCUGCACUUGCAUUGAGUUAUUAUCAUCUACCUUCGCAUCUUCAGCCAUGCUUUGCUUUUUGUUCAUUGCUGUGUAAUCAUAAAUAUCGUCACUAUCAAAUGGACGAAUUGAUUUACAUGUGGAUAGCUAAUGGGUAUAUACAUGAAAACGGAAGUAAUUCAAAGACCAUGCAUGAUAUAGGAGAAGAGUAUUGCCAUGAACUGCUGGCAAUGGGUUUCUUUGAUGAGGCUAAUUCUACAAAGGUCAAAAUGCAUGACUUAAUGCAUGAUUUAGCCCAACUAAUUUCUCAUGGGGAGAUUUACAUUUAUGAGAGUGGGAAAGAUGAAAAACUCUCAAAAAAUGCCCGUCAUGUAUAUGUAGAUAGCUCGAUUGAUCCUAGGUUGGUAUGUGAAACUAAUAACUUACGCACACUUGUGUUGGACCGAGCUUGUGGCAUGUCUCCCUACCUCAACCAUGAAGCAUUCAAAAGAGUCCGAGUGUUAGUAAUAUUUGAUGCUACUAUACAAGAAUUGCCAGAUGCUAUUUAUCAUCUAAAACACUUGCAAUAUUUGGAUUUGUCGCGAACGGGCAUAAAAUCAAUAUUGGAAUCACUUUGUGGGCUUUAUCAGUUGAGAGUGUUGAAAUUGCCGCAGUCUCUACUGACUGUACCAAGUCAAAUACAUAGACUCAUAAAUCUUGAAAUAUUGUACACGGAUAAUGGAAAAAAAAAUUACUUCAUGUGCACGCAAUUGAGGAAUUUGAAUAAACUAAGAGGAUGGCUUUCAAUUGUGGCCUUGGAGAUUAUCCACAAUAAGAAAGAAGCAACAAAUGCCAAAUUGAAUGAAAAAAGUCAUAUCAAAGAGUUGAGUUUACAUUGGAAAAUUGAUAAGGUGGAUUGUUGCAAGCAUGUUGUCCAAGAAGAAGUUCUUGAAGGCCUUGAACCUCAUCCCAACUUAGAAAAACUAGAAAUAAAAGAGUACAUGGGUUCCAAAACACCAAGCUGGCUUGUGAAAUUACAGAAACUAAAAGGAUUGUCCUUACGCAAUUGCAGACACCUGUCAUGUCUACCUGCAGUUGGGUUGUUACACUCUCUUACUCGAUUAAAAUUGGAGGGGUCAAAUAUUAAAACCUUUCAUGCAGAGGUGAUGUUCACACUGCAUGCACUAGAGGAAUUACAGCUUAUACGUUGUAAUGAGCUUUUAUCACUUGACGGUUUUCAAGCCCUCCCCUCCCUGAGAAUAUUGAGACUUGAUGAAUGCCCCAAAUUCAGAUCCUGGUGCACCAAGGAGCCAACAAAGCUGGGUUAUAUAGCUAUAUCGUCUUGCCAUAAUCUGGAAUCUCUGCCUGCUUAG